CCACUCUACGACCCCAAAGACCUUGCACAGAAAAAUGGCCGACUCAACGCCACCUCCUCUGCACGGACCUUCGUCCAAGGAAAAGAAGUAUGAUCGUCAGCUUCGUCUUUGGGCGGCAAGUGGACAGCAGGCUCUCGAAGAUUCCCAUGUCUUACUUGUUAAUUCCGCCGGCCCCGGUGUCGUCGGUGUCGAGACGUUAAAGAACCUUGUCCUCCCGGGCAUCGGCCACUUUACGAUUGUUGAUCCAGCGACUGUCAGUGAGGACGAUCUCGGAGUGAACUUUUUCCUUGAUGAGGAGAGCUUGGGCCAGUCAAGAGCAAAGCGUUGCUACGAACUUUUGGAGGAGCUUAAUCCUGAUGUAGAAGGGCACUAUAUCGCAGAGUCUAUCGAAAACCUUCUCGAAAAGCCGGACUUUCUCUCGCCCUACACCCUCAUCCUCUUGGUUGCCCCCAUCCCCGCACGGCUUAUUGACAUCAUAUGUCGGACCGCCCAUCAGACUGGCACUCCCGUAUUUUACAUUCACUCGGUCGGAUUCUAUGCUCAUUUCUCGCUCUUACUUCCCUCAGCAUUUCCAAUAGUCGAUACACAUCCGGACCCGGCGUCCACGACGGAUCUCAGAUUACUGGAACCUUGGCCGGAGCUAAGCGCGCUGGUGGAGGAAAAGGCACGCAACUUGGACAACUUGAGCGACUACGAACAUGGACAUGUACCAUAUGUCCUACUGCUACUGUACUACCUGGAGCGAUGGAAAAAAGAGCACAACGGCCAAGUGCCCCAAAACUACAAGCAAAAGAGCGAGUUUCGGGAACUAGUCCGCAAAGGAGCCCGUACAAACAACCCCGAGGGCGGCGAGGAGAAUUUUGAUGAAGCAAUCGGCGCAGUGCUGAAGAGCUUACAUCCCUCCAAGCUCAGUAGUGCAGCUAUGGAAGUGUUUGAAGCGGAAGAGUGUCAAAACAUUACCAAAGACUCCCAAACUUUUUGGGUCAUAGCUGCUGCGAUUCGCAAAUUCUACCUUGACCACAAAGCCACCCCGCUCCCGGGAGCAGUUCCCGACAUGAAAGCGCAAUCGGCAGAUUACAUCAAGUUACAAAACGUAUACAAGACACGAGCACGUGCCGACUUUCAUGAAGUACUUCAGACAGUACGGACGAUUGAGAAGAACCUGGGACGGACUACAUCCGUCGACGAGAAGGAAGUCGAAGCCUUUUGCAAGGGCGCGGCAUUUGUGAAAUUAAUCCGUGGUCGACCAUUUCACAUUGCUGGCAGUAAAGCCGGUAUCAACUGGGGGCACCGCGCAAAGUUUGCCUACCAAGCUCUACAGGACCCUUCAUCCCUCCUACCAAUGUACCUGGGUCUCCUGGCUGUAGACACAUAUCACGCCGAAUCAGUUGAUAAACCACUUGACGAAUCGAGUUUACUCUCAUAUACCUCAUCUUUGGUGGACAACCUCGAACGCGAAGCCGCAGCCGCAGGUUCUUCGACUCAGGAUGUCGACCUUACCGAAGCAAAGACUCAAGUGUCGCAAGUCGUGCAAGAACUGAUCCGCCACGACGGCGCCGAGCUCCACAACAUUUCCGCGCUCGCAGGCGGCAUGAUCGCACAAGAAGUCAUCAAGGUGAUUACACGACAGUACAUUCCUAUCGACAACACAUGCUUGUUCGACGGCAUCGGCAGUCGCAGCUCAGUCCUGCGACUGUAAUUUUUUUUAAUUCGCUAUUUUUUUCAUUCAUGGCUUUUCUCCUAUUUUUCAUUCGACUUUCCACCUUCGUCCCGACCAGGACUACAUCAAUAUCAAGAUUUGUUGCUCUCAGACCUAUUACUCCAGUCGGCUUUAGAAUCUCCUCAUGCGUUGACUUCGAAUGAAAAGUAGGGGAGUAUGCUGGCGGUCGGCGGAUGUAGUUUCUGCUAGAAUGGAAGAAUGGGCUCAAAAAUACUUAGUAUAUACAUACUUCUUUUCGUAACUCUGAUCAAUUAAAGCCC